CCCAGCACACCUGGGUUAGUUCUGUAGAGUCACACAGAAGCAAGGGGGAGGGGAGCAGGGCUAUUCCUGAGGACUGACAGAAAGGACAUUCAAAGAAAACAGAAGACAGAAAAAGUAUUAGGGGAAAAAAAGGUCUCUUUAAAACAUUUUCUCACUGAUGUAUGGGUAAAGCUCAUGCUGCUCCUCAAGUGAAUGGGCACUUGACCAUGCUGUGCCUCCUAUAGUGAUUUAUCCCAUGCUAUAAAAACAUGGAGCAGAGCGAAGGGGGGGAACUUCUAGACCUGAGUUUUCUCACAGGAGAGGAGCAGCAAGCAAUAUCUCAUGUACUGGAACGAGACACUGAGCUGCGGGAAAAAGAUGAACAACGGAUACGGAAGCUACAGAUAUCGCUGGUGGAUCCAGUUGAAUUGAAGUGUCUGUCUGGGGAGUGGUUCUGUGAUCUGAGGGCCACACGUCCUUGGGGCCAACUGCGAGGUGUUGACAUUGUGCGGGCUUCCAUCAGAAGGAAGAAGAAACCAAAAGGUGAAUGGGAUAUGUACUGGGCUCAGGGCAACCCAGAAGUAAGAAGUGAGCAGAAAAGUGAUGGACCAGAGGAUGAAGACCUAUGGGAACCUGCAACAAGGCUCGCCAACAGAUGUGCAUCAGAGCAGCUCUUGACAGACACACAGGAGGAAGACAGCUCCAAAGAGGAUGAAGAAGCCAUCCCACCUUACCACUAUCGGAUCCCUAGUGUGGGGGAACAGGGCAUGGAAGAGAUUUACUUGUCACCAGUAACUAUUACUGUAGAGGAGAACAAUAUUUCUCAGGAAUUAGUAUUGAGGAAUAGCCCAGAGAAUGACAGGCACAGGAAUCUUAAUUACAGUCCGUCAGUUCCUACUCUAGGCAAUAAAUCUCUCUCUGGCAGUAUGAUGAGUUUGUUCAGUGCAGGUGAAGUCCGGUCCCUGGAGGUUCGAGGCUGGAUCCAGUUUUCUCUUCAGUAUGAUCCACCCAAGAAAGAACUAAGGGUUGUUGUGAUACAAUGUAGAGACCUUUCCCCUGCAAACAACCAGGGCUCUAGCCCCUAUGUGAAAUGUUAUUUGCUUCCUGACAAAUCCACACAGGGAAAGAGGAAGACAAAGGUGAAGAAGAAGAGCCUGGAUCCCCUGUUUAAUGAGACACUCAAGUACAAACUUGAGCGCUCAGAGCUGCCAAGCAGGGUUCUGAAUUUGUCCGUUUGGCACAGAGGAUCCUUGGCAAGGAACCUGUUUCUAGGAGAGGUGGAGAUGGAUCUGGGGUCUUGGGAUUGGAGUCAGACCCAGCCAAACUGGUAUAAUCUCCAGCCAAGGACUCCACUAUCUCCGGACUUUUUGUACAGCCGGGGCAAGCUCAAUCUGGCUGUAAAAUUUACACCACAAGGAACAGAUGGUAGUGGUCUACCUCCCUCAGGCGAGCUUCACAUUUGGGUGAAGGAGGCUCAGCAACUUGUGCCUCACAAGGCCGGGAAUGUCAGCUCAUAUGUCAAGUGCUGUGUGCUUCCUGAUGACAGUCCAUCUAGCAUUCAGCGGACACGCGUAAUUCCACGUAGCUUACAGCCUACUUACAAUCACACUAUGGUAUACGAUGGCUUCCGUGAUGGGGACCUGCAAGAAGCAUGUGUGGAAUAUACAGUCUGGGACCAAGGAGCUCUCUCCAGUCGACCCCUGGGGGGGAUUCGUCUAAGUACAGGUCGAGGUAUCAGCUAUGAAGCUCCUGUUAGUUGGAUGGAUUCUACCGAAGAAGAGAAGAAAUUCUGGGAGUCAGUUAUAAAAAGACCAGGUGAAUGGAAUGAGGUUGUACUACCACUAAGACAGAAUCUGACCCCUCGCUAGACUCCAGCAUACAUCCUCACUUGUUGUUGACCUCCAUGAUAGAAGCAGACUCCUAUUUAAAAGAUCAAAAAUGUCUUCAACCUGGCUGACCAGAGUCCUUCAUCAAACCAAGUCUGCUUUUGGCUAACCGGAGUCUUCUUACAAACCAAGUAUUCCUUUGGAGACACAAACUUAGCCCAAGUUAAUUACAUAAACAGGGCUUGAUCCCAUGCUCAUGCUCCAAUAUGACACAGCAAUAAUCCAUAUUUUAAUGCUUGAACCCACUCUGACCAAACGGUACAAACCUGACAGAUGAUGCAAAACAUUUCUGCUAUUACCUUUAUUACAUAGACACACUGUGGCUCUGAAGAUGGACUGUUCGCUUUCUGAUCUAAAGGAAAAUGUAACAUUCAGCAUAGUUCUUUUCCAGUACAAAGGACAUGAUGAAUGAUAACAAAAGUGGACACAUCUGACAUCAAAGACAAUUAUAGUGGCAGAUUCACUACACACAGUGGGAACACUUGUACUACUGAAGCUACAAUAAAAUCAGCCAUCUGCUAA